ACAGCUCAGCCGACAGGGAUUACAGCUCUUCAGCAUCCUGACCCUCAGUGCACUAGCCUCGAUCUUAUAGCUCCUCCCUUGGCUAUAUAUAUUUACUAGUUUAGCAAGGCUUCCAUCAGAUUACUCCCCACAGCAUCCUCUUGUUCCACAGCCCCUCUCCUCCUGGACGCUGGGACGAGAAAGAUGCUACCCACAAGCUGCGGUUCCAAGACCAGUCUGUCUCUGUGGAUUAUUUUCCUCUGCGUGUCUGCCGCGUGCGCCAGGAAGCAGCACGCGGAUGCUAAUGAGGCUGACGAGUCGUGGCCGGAGAGUGUUUCGAGGGCGAGGUGCGCGUCGCGGUGUCUUAGCUUGCACAGCGUCUCUGCGCUCUCCACACCUCUGCAGAAUAAUGGAUCGCUGGGCUGGUGCCAGAAUCAUAAACAGUGCGCAAAGUGCCUGGAGCCCUGCAAAGAUUCCUGGGAGAUGAAGAGGAAAAGCAACUGCAGAGAGCUGUGUGAGUGGGUGUUUCCUAAAAAGCACUGGGAGUGUGUGACCAGCUGUGAGUUCCUUCAGUCGGUGCUGGAGGUGAAGCAGGGUGUCUGUCCGCCUCCAGACAGAGCCAGCGGCUUCGCAGCUGCCUGCGUGGAGAGCUGCGAUCAGGACAGAGAAUGUUCUGGGCAGAAGAAGUGCUGCUCAAAUGGCUGCGGCUACACCUGCCAGUCUCCCAAAGACCUCUAUAAAGGUGCUCCUCUGAAGCCGAGGAAGGAGCUGGGCUUUGAGGAACUCUCCUCAGGCCAGUUGGAGGUGCGCUGGUCCUCCCGCUUCAACAUCUCUGCCGAGCCCGUGGUCUACAUCCUGCAGAGGAGGUGGAACUUUGGCAUCCAGCCCAGUGAGGACACCGCCACCUCCUGGCAGGUGGUUGCACAGACCACACAGCAGGGAGCGAGGCUGUCUGACAUCCGGUCUGGUCGCUGGUACCAGUUCAGAGUGGCGGCCGUCAACACCCAUGGAACCAGAGGUUUCACCACACCCAGCAGACACAUCCACUCCAGCAGAGAUCCCUCCACCCCUCCAGCUCCCACUGAGCUGAAAGUGGCCAAUAUGAGCUUCGGCCCUGGCAGGACGGUGUCGGCCAGGAUCCAGUGGAACAUGCUGACUGACUUAGACGUCCCCGUCCACCACUAUAAGGUCGCAUGGAGCUGGACGGCAGUCGGACAUUCCUCUGCUUCAUCGCUGACCAAGAGGAGGAAGACAGUCAGAGAGAGCUAUGUGGAGCUGGACAGCAUGCGGUCGAACCGGAGCUACAGCGUGGAGGUCCAGGCAGUGUCCUACUGGGGACAAAGUCAGCUCAAAGGACCCCGAGCUGUCCUCUACUUCACCACACAGCGCGCCAUCGCAGCUGUUCCAAGGAAACCCACAGGUGACAUCCUGGAUGUUGGGAUGCCUUUCUAUCAGGAUGGACUGCUCCAGGUUCAUGUUUACUGGCAGCGCAGCACAGAUCCUACAGUUGAAUUCUACAGAAUCCAGUGGGGACCAGAGCAUUGUGGCUACAACCAGACCAGACCCAUAGAGAAGACCACCACCCAGGAGAGCUUUACCAGCCUGCGGGGUUUGCUCUUCUCAUGCAAAUAUAAAAUCGUACUACAGCCAAUCAGCAAGAAUAGUCAUCCUCUGGCAGAAAGCACCAGUUUCCUCACUCCAUCCUGUGCCACCAUCCAGGCCAAGAGUCCAAAACCCAUCACCUGUCCUGGAGAAACAGAUGUGCUUCUUUCAGUUGUAUCCACUCAGAAGGUCCUGGUGAGGGCAGUCAACCUGACAGCAUCCUUUGAGGUUAGAGGUGGCAAUGUGACGGCCAUCUUUAGCUGGGAUUUGUCCAUGACUCCACCCCACCAGCAGCUGACUGGUUACCAGGUGACCUGGGCAGAGGUCAUCCCCACCAACCGCCACAGCAACAACAAGCUGCCUCACAGCCUCAUCUCCCAGUCCCAGAUACUGCCCCCGGAUGGGAAAACUCUGUUGGUGUCGGGGCUGCAUUGUGCCAGUCUGUACCGGUUGGAGGUCCAGGCCAUCACAGCAGAGGGUGAAGGUCCUGCAACCAGCAGAACCUUCCAGACUCCUGGAUGCCACAGUGCCCCGAAGCACAGAUCCAGGCUGAGGAAGCAUCACCACAAACAGCCGGUAUCUGACAGGCACUGAGCUCCCAGACAGCCCGUCAGCCCGCAUGAAAUUUCCCAAACUCAGGAUAGUGAAGAACCCCCAGACCAGUAACCACCAGUGACAGUUGCAGCCUCACCAGCUUCAUGAUCGAGAUGAAACAACCAGCGACUAUUUUAAUCUCUCCCCGCAUCUUCCAAUGGCCCGGCCCAUCAAUUACUGACAGGACCGACAGGUUUCUAUGCUUUGAAUUUUACAGUGCGAGCCAACAGGUCCGAUUUGGUACAAUAACCACUGGACUACUUCAUGGGACGAAACCAGAGGAGGCCAUUUUCAUACUUUUCUAGCGAAACAAGCCAUACUAAAUGGUUAAAUAACAUGAGAAGUUGUACACAGUAUGCUACCGGAGAGUCCAAUCCUGUGAAAUGUCACUUAAAUGUCAAAACAGUAUCACCUUACAGUAAUUGCAUUACUUCUGAGUCGAGUGUUUGCUCUAAAGUCACAUUAAAAACUACAAUGCAAAAAAAUACAACACAUAAAUGUCAUAGUUAUUCUGGCAUUUAGAUACAGCAACCACAUAGAAAGUCUGACAUUCUAUUGUUAGAGCCAAUGCUGGAGUUAAUCCAUUGCAAUGAAAUUCUAAGCAGUAAAAGAAGUUGUACUUCCUGUUUGCUCCCAGCUGGGAAAUGAAUCUCAGCAUGUUUGUGAUAAGUAGGUGGACUUCAUAAUAGCAUGUAGAUACAGCAGCUACACCAGUUACAUUGCUGUGGGGGGUAAGCUUAGAUGAUUCUAAAAAUUGUGUAAACAUAUUUCAAAAAUUUCCACAGAAGACAGACAAGUAAUGUCUCAGGAGGGUUUUAACACAGCAAGUAGGUCCAGUAGCUUCCUUAACCUUCAUGCUAACCUUCAGCUAAAUCAAAAUUCUCCCAGUUACGUAAAACGGAUACAACUUUUAAUAGUUUCAGACAUCAUUUGGGGUUUGCGACUGCAUUUAUUGAUAUUUCUUUUUACUCCCAAUGAGCAUAAAAAUGCAGCUACGCUACUAUUCAAAAGGAUAGGCUCACUUAGAAAUGUCCUUUUUUUUGAAAGAAAAGCAUUUUUUUUCCAAUGAUGAUAACAUCAAAUUAUUCAGAAAUCUAGUCUAGAUAUUGCUAAUGUGGUAAAUGACUAUUGUAGCUGUAAAUGGCAGAUUUUUAAUGGAAUAUCUACAUAGCGGUACAGAGAUCCAUUUCCAGCAACCAUCACUCCUGUGUUCUAAUGCUACAUUGUGUUAGCUAAUGGUGUUGAAAGGCUCAUUGGUGAUUAGAAAACCCUUGUGCAGUUAUGUUAGCACAUGAAUUAAAGUGUGAGUUUUCAUGGAAAACAGGAAAAUGUCCAUUUUAAAUGAUAAAUAAGUCAAAAUAAUUGUGGCUAUCCACUGACUCUACCCAGCCCUAGCUUCUCGCUGUACUAUUGAUGGAAUUGCAUGCAAACACUUAAGUGUAGAAUAACUCGUGUUGUCAGUGUCGAGUGUUACCUCCAGUAUCUUCUGAAAACCCUGAAGAAUAAUAACUCCUGCAACUAAUUCACUAAUGCUGUUUUGUAUAUGACAUGUAGCUCCCCUGUAAAUGCUGUACAUACUGUUUGCCUCUAUUUAUAAGAUGUGGUGUAUUUCCUGUACUGUAUGUGUGCUCACCCUUUUCUAAACCUCUAGAGACCCUGUACAAAGAAGAAUUUUUUUUAACUGAAGAUAAAUCCCAUGUCAAUGUGUACAGCCUA